AUGAGAACACAAAGUCUUGUCGUCGCCCUCCUGGCGGCGGCUGACCAGGUCGCUGCUGCCGUGGCGCCUGAAGGAAAGCUACACAAGCGCGAUCUCGCACACUCGCCUCCAGUCUACCCAUCACCAUGGAUGGACCCUAGCGCCGACGGCUGGGCUGAUGCCUACGCCAAAGCCAAGGACUUUGUCUCCCAAUUGACUCUUCUCGAGAAGGUCAACUUGACCACUGGAGUCGGUUGGCAAGGAGACGUUUGCGUUGGAAACGUCGGUUCUGUUCCCCGUCUCGGUCUUCGCGGUCUUUGCAUGCAAGAUGGCCCCGUUGGCAUUCGUUUCACCGACUACAACUCCGUCUUUCCCUCCGGCCAGACUGUCGCCGCGACCUGGGACAGAAGCUUGAUCUACCGAAGAGCCGAGGCCAUUGGAUUCGAACACCGCUCCAAGGGCAUCGACGUAGUCCUCGCCCCCGUUGCCGGACCUAUCGGUCGUGCACCAACGGGAGGCCGUAACUGGGAGGGCUUCUCCGUGGACCCUUACCUGACAGGUAUCGCCAUGGCCGAGUCGGUCAAGGGCAUCCAGCAGCACGCUAUUGCUUGCGCCAAGCAUUUUGUUGGCAACGAGCAGGAACACUUCAGACAGGCUCCGGAAGCUAUCGGCUACGGAUACAACAUUACCGAGUCCAUCUCGUCCAACAUUGACGACAAGACUAUGCAUGAGCUCUACAUGUGGCCAUUUGCCGAUGCCAUCCGCGCCGGCGUUGGUUCCAUCAUGUGCUCGUACAACCAGGUCAACAACUCGUACGGUUGCCAGAACUCGAAGCUUCUCAACGGACUCCUCAAGGAAGAGCUCGGCUUCCAAGGGUUCAUCAUGUCUGAUUGGCAAGCUCAACACGUAUGUGUCCCCCUGGCCGGUGCUGCUACUGCUGUUGCAGGCCUCGACAUGGCCAUGCCGGGCGACGUUCUCUUCAACACUGGAACUACAUUCUGGGGAACCAACUUGACCGUCGCUGUCCUGAACGGCACCGUUCCCGAAUAUCGCCUUGAUGACAUGGCGCUGCGUAUCAUGGCUGCCUUCUUCAAGGUCGGCUUUGAGGUGGAAUCAGUUCCGGAACUCACCUUCUCUUCAUGGACUAAAGAUACCGUCGGACCCGUCCAAUACUACGCCAAGGAAAACACCCAGGUCAUCAACCAGCACGUUGAUGUCCGUAAGGGCAGAGACCACGCCAACCUGAUUCGGGAGAUUGCCGCCAAGGCCACUGUUUUGCUGAAGAACAACGGCGCCUUGCCACUCAACAAGCCCAAGUUCUUGGCAGUCGUUGGAGAGGAUGCCGGACCCAACCUCAAGGGUCCCAACGGAUGCGACAACAGAGGCUGCAACGAUGGCACUCUGGGCGCUGCGUGGGGAUCAGGAACGGCAGAGUACCCUUACUUGGUCACGCCUGACCAGGGACUGUCUGCCCGUGCUGUUGCCGAUGGUACUCGUUACGAGAGCAUCCUGAGCAACUACGACACUGCGGCUACCACGGCCCUGGUCUCCCAGGCAGAUGCCACGGCAAUCGUGUUCGUCAAUGCCAACGGCGGUGAAGGGUUUAUCAACGUGGGAGGCAAUGAGGGCGAUCGCCAGAACCUGACACUUUGGAACGCAGGAGACGAGCUUGUCAAGAACGUUUCCGCGAUCAACAACAACACCAUUGUUGUGAUUCACUCCAUCGGCCCAGUCCUAUUGACUGACAUGAUCAACAACCCCAACAUCACCGCUAUCGUUUGGGCCGGCCUUCCUGGACAAGAGUCCGGUAACUCCAUCGCUGAUGUCCUAUACGGAAAUGUCAACCCGGGAGGCAAGUCUCCUUUCACAUGGGGCCCCAACCGCGAGAGUUACGGUGCCGAUGUCUUGUACGAGCCCAACAAUGGUGAGGCCGCUCCCCAGGACGACUUCACCGAGGGCGUCUUCAUUGACUACCGCCACUUUGAUCGUGCUACUGCUGGAUCGAACAGCUCCGACGUUGCACCCAUCUACCCCUUCGGCUUCGGUCUCUCGUACACCACCUUUGAGUACUCGAACUUGGCUGUGACCAAGGGUAAUGCCGGCGCGUAUGCCCCGACAACGGGAGAGACGGCGGCAGCGCCCACCUUUGGCAACUACAGCACCGACCCGGCCCAGUACGUCUUCCCUAGCAACGAGUUCCGGUACAUCUACAACUUCAUCUACCCCUACCUGAACACCUCGGACGUCAAGGAGUCUGCCAACGACCCAACCUACGGCAAGACUGCCGAGGAGUUCCUUCCUCCCAACGCCGUUGCAAGCACCCCUCAGCCCAAGCACCCCGCAUCAGGGGCCCCUGGCGGCAACCCGCAGCUUUGGGACGUCCUCUACACGGUGACUGCUACCGUGACGAACACGGGCAAGGUGGCUGGUGACGAAGUGGCCCAGCUUUACGUCUCGCUUGGCGGCCCAGAGGAUCCCGUUAAGGUCCUCCGCGGAUUUGAGCGCAUCCCCAUUGAGGCCGGUGCGUCAGCGACGUUCAAGGCGGAGAUUACCAGACGUGACCUCAGCAACUGGGACACGGCGAGCCAGAACUGGGUCAUCAGCGAGUACCCGAAGAAGGUGUGGGUUGGAAGCUCAUCAAGAGACCUGCACCUGAGUGCGUCGCUGUAG